UUGGCGGUCCCUGACAUUGCUAACUGGCAAAACUUAGGCAUAAAUAUUGGCAAUCAUUCAAUGUCUGAAGCAGAAUAAGGAAACAGUGAAUAUGGCUGGAAGGAUCAUCGAACUGUCCCCAUCUCAAAUCAGUGCGCAUAAUGCAUCCGCAUCCGAUGCGGAGGAGAUCUCCAAGCUGCGAGCCUCCCAGUCCCCGAUCGCCAUCAGCCUGCAGCGCUGCCCAGUGUGGACGUCGCUGCGGCCGCUGCAGUACGCCGGCUACUGGGACAACGACGCCGCCGCCACGCUCGUCAACACUGGCCAGACUGCGUACUUCGCGUUCGACGGCGGCUCCCGCCCCCGGCUGAGCGGGGGCCCUCUGCUGGGGGACUACAUCUUCGAGCAGAUGCACUUCCACUGGUCCGUCGACGACUUCACCGGCUGCGAGCACGUGCUGGACGGGCAGGGAUACGCAGCAGAAUGCCACUUCGUGCACUACAACAGCAAGUACGCCAGCAUCGAGCAGGCGGUGGGACACCCGGACGGGCUGGCGGUGGUCGGGUUUCUCUUCGAGGCCGUGGCCGCGCCCAACCCUCGCUGCGACAAGCUCGUGGAGGGGCUGGACAAGAUACGGAAGCGGGAGCGCGCGGUUACUAUAUCUGCGGAUUCUCUCUCCUGGAUGGCCCGGGAUGACCUGCACGAAGGCACCUACGUCACCUACAAGGGGUCACUGACCACCCCUCCCUACACGGAGUGUGUCACGUGGAUCAUUUACGAGAAAACCAUCGAAAUUGGCUCAGAACAGAUAAGCCUAAUGAGACAGCUGGAAGGUCCAGAUGACGCUCCGAUUGAGCGCAACACGCGCCCUACGCAGCGGCACCCGCCCGGACACUCCGUCAUAUACGUGCAGCAGGUCAAGGCCAAGCUAUGAUUGGCUGUCACAGUGAAAAAGCGGGACCGAGGGACCAAUCGGAUGCUGGUAGCGUGUGUUCCGAGCCCGCUAAUUGGCUGUCGUAGUCCGAGACCGCUUGGAUCAAAGUCUAGCGUUCUAACUGGAACUCGGUCGGUGCGUACAAUUUAUAGUGAACAUCGUGCCGUUGAUUACAGUAUAGCAACGCCAACUUUAGACUUUGAUUAAGUUAGGGUGUUUUCAGUUUGCACGUGCAUAAGUAUAGAAACCGUGUCUGUUAUGUGUGAUACGAUGUCCUAACUCCUGUAGAUAUUUAUGAAGGUCUACUGUGUUUAUUGUCAGACAUAAGUACUUAGUUAUUAAAUACUUGUACAAAAUAGAUAAAACUUACAUAAUAGUUUAAAUAUAUUACUGUAAAUUAAAUGUUUUACACUGUAUACUUACGUUAUGUACAAAGUACCUAGAUAUUAUUAUAUUUUAUGUUAAAAGAUUAAUAAAAAUAUUAAC